CCUUGUAAAGCUUCAGAUUUUUUUCUUAUAGGAACAAAAGUAUAAUUUUCUUAUAGUUUUUCAGCUGAGUUAGAAUCCGAAGUCAAAAAAUAUGUUCUCUUUUCUAUCACGUCAGGAUUUUGAGAUAAUCGCAUUAAAGGAUCACAAGAUCAGUUUUUUUUUUUUAAUCUCAAAAAAACUACUAUUUCUCAAAAACCAGGGGUCGAAUUACCGGAUACGUUCGUUAACGAAUGGUUGCUAUGUGUCCCUAUCGUUUUCGUAUAAUUAAAUAGAGACAGAGUCAAAACCUUAACGUAUGAUCGUAAUCGUGUGCCGUAAUUCGACCACAGAGCUGACCGAAAUUUUUUGAGUUGGGACUCAAAAUCAGCACACUAAAAUCCAUUAGAAAAGUAUACUUAAGUACCCCAUCUUGCCAGCAUAUCCCCUAUUUAUGUUACUAAAAUCAACUAAAACGCUGUGAGAACCUUAUCUUAUCCUUAUACAAUCGAUUGAAAUAAUCAGAAAAAACUAAACCGAAAUACAUUUAAAUCUACUUUAAGAUAUGCGAAAGGCAAGAAAAAUCAUGACAAAUGUUCAAAGCAAAUUUUCGCCGAUCUUUUGCACCUGCAGGGAGUUUUUACACCCUUGGACAGACAGCUGCACAGUUUCCACCGCUGACAUUCUUAUAAAUAGUGUUCCACAAAGUAUAAGAAUAUACGCAAUUGUCUACGCACUUUCCCUUGUAAUGCGGCACCGAAUUCCCACACAACUCGACCUCAAAAGAACACUGCUCGGAAUCAUACAGUCGACUGCAUUUCUUUCCACUAACAGCUUUACAUUUGUCCUUUACGUUUGUUUGUUCAGAAAUGUUAUUGGAAAAUUCUACUUUCUAUCUAAUACUUUCCUACCGGCAUAUUUGGCCAGUCUUACUGCUAUUUACAUCGAAAGGCCUGUAAGAAGGCCAUUACUUGCUCUCUAUGUGGCAAAUGUUGCAACAGAAACAAUAUGGCGGAUGGCUGAAUCUCGUGGUUUUGUCAAGUCAAUUCCUAAGGGUCAAGCCAUAAUUUUCGGUGUGAGUGUAUCGGUUUUGUUGUAUCUCUACCGUUUGGGUCUCCACAACACAGAACACUGUAAAGAUUCGAUAUUUGAUAUUUUACGAAUAUUCGUUGGAAAGGAUGAGGAGUGUAUGACUGAAAAAGAACGUCCAAUGGUGACUCCGGCUGCCGUCGGACCAGAAAGUGUUAACAACACGAGUAUUUCCAGAGCAGUUCGGACUUAUCUUAUGUGUCUUCGAUGGCUGAAAGGGAAACAUGACUGCUGUCCACACCGUGAAGGCUGUUUACAGUAUGCAUUAAUGGGAGGUGUGAAGCCCUUUAUUGGUGGAGUAGGACUUCAAGUGGUUCUCAAAAUUGUCUUGAAUGCAAGAAAAAUUCUAUCAGGACGAAUGAACCUACAGAAGAAUAUAUUCGAUGCAAAAACCCUCGGAUUAGGUAUAUUUUUGGGAAGUUUUUCCUUCCUGUACAAGGGAGUUUCUUGCACUCUUCGGAAUAUCAUGGGAAAAGAUGAUGCACGAUACGCAAUUCCAGCUGGAUUAUUUGGCAGUAUUGCAUUUACACAAUACCCCGAUAUUACCGUUGCUCUAUAUGUGAUGUGGAAAAGUCUACAAAUCGUCUACAACUUUGGAGAGAGCAAAAAGAAAUUACCAAAAGUUCGAGGGUUUUUAAUUUUCCUUUACUGUUUCUGUACAGCAACACUUUUCCAUGCAGCAAUAAUUGAGCCACUCAACCUGCGUCCAAGUUAUUACAAAUUUCUACAUUCACUCUCUGGAGGACGAGUUGGGAUGUUUAAUAGAACAUUCCUUGAUGUCUGGGGCUUGGAAUCAAGUGUUGCUCUUCGAGAAGUUAUGAAACGAACUGGAACGGAAAAACUACCAAAAAAGCUAUUGGGUGCUUGAUUUGUUAAUUUUGUGGUUGUUGAAUAAUGUUAAUAUAGGUUUUAGCUCCUACCAAUGAUUUUUUUUUGAAAUAAGAUGAUAUAAUUAUGUAUCUAUAAUAUGUAUGUAUGUAUGUUUUGAAGGAAUACUUUAAUGUUUAUAUAAGUGUUUUGUUAUUAGUAUAAUAGUAACACGUAAAGAUAAAACUUACAUGUAAUAAUAAGUUAUAAUAUUUUUGUAUCUAUGUACUCAUAAA